CAUUUGUAGCUUUAGAAAGCCACCAGCAACAUAAAUGCCAUUUAAAUGUAAAUCUCGUUUGCUUUAGGAGUGUGCGAAUUCAAAUGUAAAAUCUUUUGUCUGUAAUGCUCUUGAUGCUUCUGCCUCAUUUCUUUAACUGAAUGUCAUUGUUGAUGUUAAUCAGUGUGAAUGUAUCUGGAGUUUCCCUGAUGUCUCUGAUAACGAGUGCUAUAGUUCUGCUGAUUGUUUUAGAGCUGCUGAGCGACUGAACUGAACUGCUCUCAUCCUUUGCAUGCUGUGUUUAAGCUCGAGAUCUGAGUGCUUUGUCUUCACCCGUAAGAACAGCCUCAUGAAAUCUGUAAAAAAACAUUUCAGCACAAAUAAUCUGGGGAAAUUUAAAUAAUUUCAUUAAAAUUUAGAAGUUAUGUAAACCAUUUUAACUAAAGAUUUCCAUUCAGACAGUCAAAAUACAAAAGAUUUAUUGUGUUUAUAAUCUGGGGAGAAACUGAGAUGGAAUAAGAUGGUUACAUUGACAUAGGGAUUCAGUUUCUUUUAAUAAAUUAAAUAGAUAAAUCUCUGCCACCACAAAUUAAAUUUUGUUAUUUCCAAUGAUUUUAAGAUGAAAUAUUAUCCUUGAUCUGCAAUUCAUCCUAUGCUUUAUUAUUUAUAUUUGUUUACUAAUGUAAAGUUCUAUGCAUUUAUCAAGACUUUUAUUUUGGUGUGACGGUGUGACGUCAUAAGGAAGCGCCGCGCUCUCGCGUCUGUGAUUCGGCUGAAGAAAGGUGGGUGCUUUUAAUCAUUUAAAGUGUUUAAAUCAAUACAACUCGUGUAGAAAAUUCUAUAUAAAUCGUGUGACAUUAUUACCAAAAGCAUCACUGUAAUGUUUUAUCUAGUGACAUUAAUGCAUGUUAUUUUGUGUUAGUAAAACACAUUCGCACACGAGCAACAGAAAAAGUGCGUCUCAUUUCGCUCUCUGUAUCGUCAAUCCGUUUAUCAUAAAAACGCACUCAGUCACUGGCAAGUAAUGUUGAGAGAGACUGAGCUUUUCCAAACAAUGAGUCAACCGAAUCAUUUGAUUCACAAAAUGAUUCACUGUUUUGAAUCGCUCGAAUCAGCGCGCGCUGACGGCAUCUGCUGCUCAAAACAGUGACAAAGUGUACAAACACACAGAAAAACUCCUGCUGAAGCGACUGAGAUCCACGUGACACACGAUUAUAAAGAUGGAGUUUAUUAAAGAGGAGAAGAUUGAAGAAACAUUGAAAGUCAAACAUGAAGAUACUGAGACACAGACAAAGAUGGUGUUUAUUAAAGAGGAGACUGAAGACAUGAAGAUUGAAGAAACAUUCAGAGUCAAACAUGAAGAUACUGAGGAACAAACAAAGAUGGUAUUUAUUAAAGUGGAGAGUGAAGACAUGAAGAGUGAAGAAACACUGAGAGUCAAACAAGAAGAUACUGAGGAACAAACAGACCUGAUGUCACUGAAAAAGGAGAAUCAAGAACUCGAUGAAAAGGAAGAUAAAGAUCAGUAUGAGAACCAUAAUUUCAUAAAUGGAGAAAAAUCAUUUAGUUGCUCACAUACUGAAAAGACAUCCUCACAAAAAAGAGCUCAAAAGACUGAAACUACAAAUCAUUUCACCUGCCAACAGUGUGGAAAACGUUUCAACAGAAAAGGAAACCUUAAUUACCACAUGAGAAUUCACACUGGAGAAAAGCCUCACACAUGCCCUCAAUGUGGAAUAAGUUUUACUCAAAAAGUAAUCCUUAACAGGCACAUUAGAGGUCACACUGGAGAGAAGCCUUACACCUGCAAACUAUGUGGAAUGAGUUUAAUGCGAAAAGCAAACCUUAAAAACCACAUGAGAGUUCAUACUGGAGAGCAGCCUUACACCUGCCCUCAGUGUGCAAGGAGUUUUGGACUUAAACAAACUCUUAAGGGCCACAUGAGAAUUCACACAGGAGAGAAGCCUUUCGCCUGCCCUCAGUGCGGAAAGAGUUUCGCUGGAAGAGGAAACCUUGUAGUCCACAUGAGGAUUCACACUGGGGAAAACCCGUUCACCUGCCAACAGUGUGGAAAACACUUUUCUCAAAAAGGAAACCUUAAAAAACACAUGAAGGCAUACUGUAAAGAAGCCUUCUACAAAUGAUCACCAUUUGAGACGUAAAGUUACCCUUAGAUGUGUACGAUCACACUGGUGUGAAAUUUCAGUAUCAUGAGAUUAACUGCUAAAUUCAAAUCUGCUUUGUGCUUUCAGUAGAAAGAUCUCUUUAAUAUCAUGUUAUUGUAACUGACUUUAAUUGUCUGCCGCCUGUGAACUUCUUCAGACCUUUGAGCUCUGCCUUUGGGGUGGGCACUGAAUCGCCUGGCCUGGUGUAAAGAAUCGAGGAAGGUGUAAAUGCUGUGACUUUCCUUGCAUAGGGCAUGAAACUUAGGACUGUCGUCAGCCAAAGACAUUGACAUGUUUAAACACGUGCUUCAGACGCCGGUCAUGCUGGAGGGAUUCCCCAUAGUGUCUAUACCAGAUGGAGUGUAGCCAUUGAUUAUGUAAAUUUUUUUGUUUCUUUUGCAUUUAAAUUUUUUUUUUUUUUUUUUAUUCAACUAUGAAUAAAUUAGUUUUCUCAAAACAAUAGGUUCACGUCUGAACAAUUAGUUUCUUGUUCACAUCAGAUUUGAAUUCCUUAUUGAUUUAAGCAAGUUGCAUGGUUUGUGGCACAUGUGCAAAUGAGUAAGUACAAUCGUAUACAAUUUGCACAUUAACUAAAUGCACAUGGCUUGUUGAUCAGAACUGAUGAGUUUAUUCUCAGUGAAUUUGUCAAACUCUUCACAACUUCUAAACAUUAUUUCAUGGUGUGAGCCGUCACAUGCAAAAUGAUCCAUUCAAUCAUCAAAAUCUGUCAUGCAUGUAUAUUCCAUAAAAAUUGACAUGGAAUGUUUAAAGUGUCUGCUAAGUUGGCAAAUGGCUUGCCAUUGUAAUGAUUGAUUAGCAAGAUUGCGAUUCCAUUUCAUGUUUGGAAGCAUGUAUAUGUAGUUUUUCUAGCACAAUCACUACCAUUUUUGAACGAGGAGGAAUGCCUAAAGUUUAUAUUUGUAUGGUACGUUCAUCUGAGAAAUGUGUAAAAUUUAAACUGACCAUUCACAUUUGCUUGUUGUGGAAGAGCAAUAGGAAGAUAUGAAAGUAUGUGGUGGUGUUAGGGGAAGACAACCAAGUGUGUAAAAAUGAAUAAGCACAUUUCUACAAAAAUAAAUGUACUGUAAAUAAAAAUGUUCAUUUUCUUUUUGUGUACUACAGUAUUGACUUUUUCCAAUACAUUUUUACCUACUGUUGAAAUAUGUAUCUAAAAUACUCGAUGUGAAGCACAGACAAAACUGUCAUUCUUGUACAGUAUGAAAGCAGUCUGUCAAGAAAAGUAGAAAAAUUGCAUAACUAGCCUAUUCCUAAGGACUUUUGUGUUUCAUUUAUUAUUGAAAAAAAGAAAGAAAGAAUGCAACGACUGAAUAAAUAUACAUGCACAAGCUUUUCUGUCUCAUUACUGCAAUCACACGUGCUCGCACACGCACACUACGGUCACCCAGUUUGCACAAAAAGGUGUUGUCAGCGCUGCCCUAACGAUUUUAUUAGUUAGCCUGUAUAGUGUAGCAACUUAAAGGCUACACAUGACAUUUCUUACUAGCGAGGUAAGA